AUGACUGGAACAGGUAUCAUGGGAAUACUGAUUAUCAAAGCGAAAGUGGAGAAACGCAAUCGACCACCCAAGUCUUGCGAGCCUUGUCGAACACGAAAAAGUCUACCAUGUGACUCCUGUAUUCGAAGGAAUAAGCAGUCUAUAUGUCACUAUGCUUCUAAUGCCGACAGGAAUGAGCGACGGGUUGACAAAGGCAGCAGCAGUUCAGUUGCUGAGCGACUCAAGCAUUUGGAAGGAUUGUUAACCAUCGUAGCUCAACAGCGAGAUCCCAUGGCAUCGCUGAGUAUUACUGAAGAUAUAUCGGCGGGUGGGGACGGCAAAGCCUCCAUCGUUACUCCUGCCUCUAUCGAGUCCAGAGGUGCCGCUGAAGCCAAAGACGGGGAUAGCGUAGUACCCCCAGGGUUGGCGGGUCACGUUGACUCAAGCCAUUGGUCUUCAAUAUUGGAAAACAUCAAGGCUAUUCGCGAGGAACUUCCCAAUGAGAGCCCACCAGACAAAGAACAAGCCUUGCUCAACAAUUCGCCUGGUGAUGGUUCUGAAGCACCACUUGGGAGGAUGAGUCCUGACUUGGAUUUUGGCUCUUCCAAAGGAGUAAGUCAUGAUAGUAUCUUGGCGGCGUUGCCACCAAGACAGGUCUGCGAUAUUUUGAUAUCCAUGUUCUUCAGGUGGCAUUACACUAUGAUGCCGAUCUUGCAUCCGGUCAAGUUCCAGCGAGAGUACGAAGCCUUUUGGAAAGCACCGAGACGCACCUCCAACACAUGGAUCGCUCUUCUCUUCGCCCUCCUGAGCUUAUCAACAGGUGUAUACGAAGCUUCAGGCAUGGUCCUUCCCUCCCCUGUCCCGAUUCCGCCCAGCAAAGAUUUGUCUACCAAGACACAGCAUUGUCUUCUCACCAGUAACUACAUCUUAUGCAAUGAGCACGCCGUUGAAGCCUUUCUCCUACAUCUGGUCGGCUGCUGGCUUCGAUCCAAAGCAUCUGACACCAACCUUUGGUUCCUCAUGGGAAAGUUGGUACAGCUUGCGAUAAGCAAAGGCUAUCAUCGCGACUGUUCCAAGUUGCCCAAUUCGAAUAUCUCCGCAUUCGAUGGCGAGAUGCGACGCAGGAUUUGGGUCUGCAUAUAUCAGCUUGACUCACUUAUGUCAUUCCAGCUAGGUCUUCCUAGCAUGGUACCGUCAGACUCUUGCGACACAGAGCUGCCCAGAAACCUGGACCAGAACCAGCUACACCCUGACAUCACAGAGCUGCCGCCAUCCAGACCUCUGUCGGAGAACACCACAAUACUUUAUUCGAUCGUGAAAGCGUCGGUUAUGGCCAAGUUCAAGGAAGUUGUCAAGCAUACCCGUUCUACCACUCCGCCCACACACGAAACCACGCUUAUUCUUGAUACCGAGGUCCGCCAAGCUUAUGUGAACAUCCCUGAUCACUUCAAAUACAAGCCUCUCACGAAUUUCCUUACAGAGGAGGUGAGUGUGAUCUUGACCAGAACUACGCUCGAGCUUUUGCACUUGAAGAGUAUCAUUGUUCUCCAUCGUCAGCAUCUUAUGUACCGAAACGACAGUCGUUCUGAGUUUUCACGAAAUGCUUGUCUGGAAGCAGCCAGGAGACUUCUGGAGAGACAGGCAGAGAUGGACCGAGCUACUAAGACUGGUGGCCAGCUCCAUGAUAUGAAGUGGAUGAUUACGACCUUGACACUCAGCGACUUUACUUUGGCGGCCAUGGUGAUCUGCUUAGAUCUCACAAUAACUAUUCGGCUUGGUGCAGAUUCCCCUCCUAGUCCAACUGCCUAUCAGGAAGUUCAGAGGGAUUUAAAAAUAAUCCAAAAUGCUCACAAGAUAUGGAUUGUUGCUGGAGAGCUUUGCUCCGAAGCACGUACAGUCGCACACGCUUUGGGCUCCACGGUAGAGCGUGUGAACGACUUUUUAAGUGCAUGGUCUUUACCAGCAGAUUCCGAAUCAUGGCAGACUCUAGACGUAGAGUCAUCGAGCAGCCUGACCAAUGAUUCUUUAUACCAGAUCAAUGAUCUGGAUAUGAUGGAUAUCAUUGACUGGACAUUCAUCGACAAUCAGUUCCAGGAUCCGAAUAUUAAUGAAAUUGACCUCGACAUGUGGCUCAUGGAGACAGCUGGGCCUUUGUAG